CACGACUAUCAAUUGCCAACAACAGCACCGCGGACAUAUCAAUCAAUAAGCAGAACCUCAGACACGUAUCCCAAGAUUCACCGAACACUUGCAGUCAACACAGUCGCCACAUUGCGCGUAGCAAACGCGCGACAAGCUAUCCAAGCAAGAUAUUUAUCUUUCAGAUCCUUAUUCGACAUAUUUAGUCGCGCCAUGCCCGCCAAAUUCUACGUCGUAAAGGCAGGACGCAAACCUGGUAUCUAUCACAGCUGGGAUGAAUGUCUUGCGCAAGUCCGAGGAUACAAGGGUGCAGCUUUCAAGUCAUUCCCACAACUCGGCGAGGCCAAAGCAUGGCUAGAUGGCUCAGAAACGACAAAAUCCUCGUCAGGCUCAAGUAAACCCACCAAGUACUAUGGAGUACACAGGGGUCACAAGCCGGGCGUCUACAACACCUGGACAGAGGCACAAAACACAAUCACAGACUUCAAAGGUGCCGUCUACAAAUCUUUCAAGACUCAUGAGGAGGCAGAGAACUUUUCCAAGAAUGGACAUCCAGCAAAGAGAGCGUCAGAAGAACCGUCACAAACAAGCCCUCCAGCCAAAAAGCAAAAGAGGGAGACAGAAGAAUUGGAAGACCUGGUUGAGCACAGCGCUGGAGAAGGCCCUUUGCCUGAAGGUGCUGAAGACGGUUUCGAUCCGCGGAUCCAGUUGAAUCCUCUGACUGGCAAGGUUGAUUACAAAGAGCACACAACCAAGUGGCAGGCUGUAAAUCUGCAAGACAACAAACCCGUCGUCAUCUACACAGAUGGAAGUUCACUUGGUAAUGGAGCCCAUGGAGCUGUUGCAGGAGUCGGCGUCUACUUUGGUCCCAAGGACAAGCGCAAUGUGUCUGAGCCACUCUCGGGCACUCGCCAAACAAAUCAACGUGCCGAGCUGACUGCAAUCCAACGAGCACUCGAGAUAACACCUCGUAACCGCCCCGUCACCAUAUACACAGACAGCAACUACUCGAUCAAGUGUGUGACCGAGUGGUACGUCAAAUGGCGCGCCAAUGGCUGGCUCAAUGCCUCGAAGAAGCCAGUAGAGAACAAAGAUCUGAUCGAGAAAAUCCUCAACCUCAUCGACCAACGAAAGAACAUGACCCAAGAAAUCCGCAGCGUCAACAAGGUCGAAUUCGUGUGGGUCAAAGGACAUGCUUCCAAUGAAGGCAACGUUGCAGCCGAUGAGCUUGCUGUUGCCGGUGCAAGAGAAGCCAGAGAGAUGAUUGCGAACCCUGACCCGGAAAUGCCGUAGAGACCGUCUUGAGCACUUGGUGUUUCAACACAACAAUGGCGCUUUGUGGGGUUUGAUCUGCAUUGAAAGAGGGGAAAGGGGGUUAGGAUUCACGACAUUAUGAUUAUUUAGAGCAUGCAAAAACGGCCGUACGCCUUGAUGUACAUGUCUUUCGAU